CAUUUGGACCGAGUGGGAGUGGGCACUGCGCUGACCAUUUUACAUUUUCAGCUCCAGUAAACACAUCAUGCCGGCGACCCUGUACCAGAACCCGCUCUGCAACAAGUGCUGCACGGCCAAGGCGAUGCUGCUCAAGUACAACGAGGAGCGUCCGGACGAGUCCAAGCUCGACUACCAAGUGUUCGAGUACCUCCACGUUUCGUGGACGCGCGAGAUGCUCGAGGACAUCCUGGCCAAGAUUGUGCCGGGCGAGAAGAGCCCAAGCCCGCUCGUCAUGAUGCGCAAGAUCGAGUCCGAAUUCACCGACUUGGGUCUUGACAAGCUCGACCCGGUCGCCGACCGCCUUCGCCUCUUGGACGCGAUGAUUGCGCACCCGAUUCUGAUCGAGCGUCCGAUUUUCAUCGUCGAUGACAAGGCGGUCGUCGCCCGGCCGGCCGACCGCAUUUUUGAGCUGCUCUCGUGAUUUCUUUGUAAUGCUAUGCUACAACAUGACACAG